UGGCUAUAUAUAAACACUCGAUCUCUGAACAUUCAACAUAGGGAUAUGACGGUAUUCAAUAUGGAAGGUUUAUUCAGUUUAGCUAACAUUCCGGUGUUUUUGAUAUUCGUAACAGUUUUCUUGAUUUGUUACCUGUAUUUGAAAAGGAGAUCGAACUUCCCACCUGGACCGCCGGGUUUGCCAAUCUUAGGCAACCUGAUAUGGAUGACUGGACUAAAAAAGAAAGGGAUUAAACAAUACCAAGCGUUGUUUGAGGCAAGCAAAACGUACGGAGAUAUAGUAUCAAUUAACGUCUUAGGUCAGAAGUUCGUAUUUCUGCAUGGGUAUGAAACAAUUCGUGAGGCCUUCGUGAAGAAUGGGGAUGUAUUCAGUAACCGCCCUAGCUGGCUAAAGGGACUUCAAGAGGCUAUCAAGGAAGGGAAAGGUGUGGCAUUGCAAAGCGGAAAUGCGUGGAAAGUUCUCCGGAAGUUUGUACUGCAGACACUUAGAGAUUUUGGGGUUGGGAAGACGUCUUUAGAACAAAAAAUCAUGCGGGAAGUUGACGCUGCAAAUGACGUUCUCUACGUCACAGACGGAAAACCGUCGGACUUGCGACUUCUUACGUCAAUGAUGAUCAGCAAUGUGAUUUACGGAAUCGUUUUUGCAAAAAGGUUUGACUAUAAGGAUGAAAAGUUUCACGAAAUCAUUGAGAACCUGGAUAAAAUAUUCCAAGAUGGCGGAGCAUUUAGCCCUGUAGGCAUGGUACCAACAUUUCUUCUAAAACUGUUUUACAAAGAGGGUUACAAAGUACGCGAGAAUCGCCUGCGUACAGUGAGAUGGAUAAAAGAACAUAUCUAUGGGGAGAUAAGCAACCACGAGAGCACGUUUGACAACGAGAAUAUACGAGAUUUCAUAGAUUUGUAUCUGCAAGCAAAGAUGCAACAUUCUGAAGAAAAUAUUUUCAACAAGGGAAACAUGUUUCGUGUGAUCAUGGACCUGUUCAUAGCAGGGUCAGAAACCACGUCAAAUACAGUCAACUGGUGUAUACUUUACAUGCAGGAGUACCCGGAUAUACAAAAGAAAUGUCAGGACGAAAUAUUCGAGAAAUGUGGUGACAAGGUAGUGACAUGGGCAGAUAGAGGUUCCUUGCCGUAUAUAGAGGCAACGCUGCUUGAAAUACAAAGAAUGGCAAAUAUAGCACCUUUAUCAGUUCCACACACAAACGAGAUUGAUGCGACUUUCGGAGGAUACUUUAUACCGCGGAGGACUCUGAUUGUUGCCAAUUUAUACUCCUCCAAUAUGGACCCGCGUCACUGGGACCAGCCAGAAAUCUUUAAUCCUGAGAGGUUUAUGGAAGGCGGGAAACUGAAGAAGAACCCAGCACUGAUCCCGUUUUCAAUAGGUCCACGGAUUUGUUUAGGAGAAUCUCUGGCCAAAAUGGAAAUGUUUCUCAUCUUCACGAAUCUCCUACAGCGAUUUACCUUCUGUAGAGAAGACGAUAACGUCAAACACUCCUUCGAGAAUGUUUUAGAGCAAACCACAAGCGCUCCAAAACCAUACAAAACUCGUGCUGUGAGGCGAGCUUAGAUCAUUGUGUCUGUGAAAAUAAUCAGAUUUUCUUAAGAGUUUAUUCAAGGGAAGUAAAUGUUUAGCAAGUAUGAGCAAUGUACAGUAUGCAAAAACUCAAAUUAUAUCAGAUAUGAUUUUUGUGGUGAUUCGUCAUAAACUGAGAGACGUCUGAGGGGAAGACGGAAAUCACCAUGGUAACGGGAACUUGCGCUAUCAGUUAUCAAGCAAUUACUCUUUGUGUUCAUAUCAUAUUAUAUUGUUAUUGUUGAAGAAAGAAAGAUGAAUAUAAUUAGUUAACUAAACUGUAUCAGUCUUUGUAAUAGAAAGAA